UGGGCUGCCAGUCUAGCACUUUAGUUUAGUUUAGUGGCAGAUGUGAUGAAUAGAACACCUCCGUCGGACGGGUGUCGUGAAAAGUUCGUAUUUGUUUUUACUAUUUGGCCCGUUUGUCGGAAGUUUUCGCGAAUACUCGAGUGCGUUCCAGAAAAAUAUUUGUCGAUGAAUCCGGAAUACUAAAUGGUCGUCGUCGGUCGCGAUGACCAUCGCCGCCGGAGGAAGAUUGAAAGUGGUGAUGUGACACUGUUUUGGACUGAGGAAUUAAGGGUGUGUGUGUGUGUGUGUGAGGGUACGGUUAUCUAUCGAUGACCAGUUGGGCGUAAAAUUGAAAAAAAAGUUAUUCGUAAACAAGAGAAGAAAGUUGCAUUCGAUUGCCAACCUCGGGCCUGGCUUAUAUUAGUUUUUGCGAGAGAGUUAUAGUAAAGUGACCGUAAUAAAGAACGAAAUCAGGGGUUUUAAAUUUGUGAUAAAUUAUGAUUAAUGUUUCGUUAAGCUCAGUGUUGAUGAAUUUCCACCAGUAUCAUAACGUUAUGUGAGUGCUUUCGGACGGUGGAAAAUCUUACAACGAAAAGUGAUCAUCUGUUUUUAACCAAGUUCAGAGUGUGACCUACCUCGGCAGAAAAGAAAAAGAAGAAAACGGGAAAAAAGAGGCGUCGUCUUUGUCGGCGAUCAUCUGAUAAGGCGUCGCUACCAGUAUGUUCAACUUCAUGAAGAAGGGCGUGGGGGUGGGUGAUGACCGCGAUGAGAAGGAACGCCGGAAGCGGGAGAAAAAGAUGCGGAAGGAGGGCAAAGGGACCGGCGUGUCCGGGAGCAUGAGCACAGAGGAGUUGCUGCGUCUGGACGAGGUGCGAAGAUCGCUAAAGAUUCGCGGCCGUCGGAAAGAGAAGGAAAAGCUGCCCAGCGGAAUCACGGCCGAUUACAGUGCGUCUUUUUUCGCCCAGCUGGACGUGGACCGCGAGCAGGACCGGGGCAACGAAGAGGUGGUUGCUCUGGCCAACACCACCACCUACAUAGACAGUAACGGCGAAAUGGUCGAACGGGUCUCGUUUACAACCGCGAACGUGUCACAGUCGGACAGCUCGGAAACGUCUAUGAACUCCGUUACCGUGAACCAGACAAAAGUACUUCCACCGGUUCCGCCACGCCCCCCGAAACGUGGCAUUCUUAAAGGAUCCCGCCUGAACCUCAACGAGUCGGGUUCCGAUGGAGGCGGUUCGAUGGACUCCAAGUCAGUAUUAAUGAGGAACACGCUGCAGAACGAACGCAUCACGUACUCCCAACAGUCGCGUCACUCCGCCGAAAACCUCAGAUUUGCUGGAGAGAUGAGCCCCAUCAACGCAAACCAUCUGCACGUGGCGACCUCUCCCUCGCCUAGCGCGGACAGCCUCACCGACACAACGAAUUCCUCCUUUGCCACACCGCCGUUCUCGAUGAGUCCGGUCGGAGAAUCCCAGGGCUCGUACCGAUGGUCCCGAGUGCAGGCCUUUGAAGAUGUCAGCUUGCCGCUUCCCGCGAUCAAGUUGGUCGAGCUGCCGCCGCCUCGAGUGCUGGUCAUCAAGCGCCAGAAGGCACCCCGUAAUGACUUCGGGUUCAGCUUACGGAAGGCGAUGGUGCUGGAUCGCUCGUCGUCGCUGCUCUUCCCAACAUUCCGGCCGGUAAUUUUCGCCGAACCAAGUGCCAACAGUAACUCGUCGACCGGGUUGCUCCCGGGCGAUCGUCUACUCAAGGUGAACGAUCUCUCGGUGGAGGAGCUUAGCCGGGAGACCAUCAUCGAAAUUAUCCGGAACAGCGGCGACAGUGUUACGGUUGAGGUACAACCGGUGGCGGAGUUGGUGGAAUUGUCGCGGCGCUGCAUGAACGUUUUGAACGAAACGGACCAGACGGAUCGAGCUGCACCGAUGGAUGUUAUGGACUGCAACACGUUACGUCGCAGCGCUAGCAAGCGAUUCAAGGGCGAGAUCAAGUCCAAUUUUCAAUGCAACGAAGACCAGGAAAAUGGUCACGAGUCUGGCGAAAAGGUGUGGCUCAUCCACCGAGGAGGUUUUACGGCGGCCUCCAAAUUGCCCCAAAGUAUUAUUUCCGACCCGGGCAAAACGCUGGUUCAGCUCGAGCACAAUGGCGAAAAUUUGAGCGUGGACGACGACGACGUUGAAAAGGCGAACCCGGAAUCGCUCGAUCUGGUGGAGGACAUCUGCCAGCUGAGGCACCUGAACGAGGCAUCCGUACUGCACGUUCUGCGGCAACGCUACGCGAGCAAUCUGAUCCACACGCGGGCUGGUCCGGUACUCAUGGUGGUCAAUCCGAUGGCACCGCUUUCGCUCUACUCGGAGAAGGUCGUGUCAAUGUUCCGCGGAUGUAAAACGGAAGAUAUGCCACCGCAUGUCUUUUCGCUGGCCCAGACCGCGUACCGGACAAUGCUGGAAACGCGUCGCGACCAAAGUCUUGUUUUUAUGGGCCGUUCCGGAUCGGGCAAAACCACCAGCUUUAAGCACGCCCUGUACUACUUGGCCUUAGCAGCAGGAUCGGCUAACAAAAUACUGACGGCAGAGCGGGUGAGUGCCAUGAACACGAUCCUGGAGGCGUUUGGCAACGCAAAGACGUGUCUCAACACGAACGCGACACGGUUCACGCAGAUUUUAAGCCUGGACUUUGACCACUGUGGCCAGAUUGCGUCCGCGUCGAUACAGAUACUGCUGUUGGAAAAGUCCCGCGCGGGGAGACGCACCAGCAAUGACCAUCACACGUUUCACGUCUUUGGAAGGCUGUUGGCCGGGGCUGAAGGCCACCUACAGAAGGAACUCUACCUGGAUAAUAUAAACUUUGACGAAGGCAACCUGUUUGUCACACUUCCAUCAAAGUUGGAAGAGAAACAGAACGCUUCGCUAGAUUUUGCUCGCUUACAGCAAGCAUUCAGCGUACUUAACGUGGAUCCAUCGUCCGUCAAAGCACUUUGGUUUGUGCUGGCAGCGAUAUUCCACCUGGGCAGUGCAAAUUGUUCAAUUAUCGGAACAGGUUCUACUGCCCGGAUUCAGUUUGCCAAUCCGUCAGCAGCAAGGAAAGCUUCUAACCUGCUUGGGAUUUCGAUGGACGACCUAACGACGGCUGCAUUCUCGAAUGCAACUUCCAAGUCGAAUCCAGCUUCACCAACCAAAUCUGGCGCGUCGCCAACCUCGGAGCAGCAGGACUUGGCCGCAGCGGCUUUGGAUAGUUUGGAAGGAUUCGUGAUUGGUUUGUACUCUGAAGUUGUGGCAGCUGCCAUAGCCCUGGUCAACAAAGCCAUUAGCACUACCAGCAACACGAUAGCUUCAAUCCUUCUCAUUGAUACGCCUGGCUUCCAGAACCCGGCCAGUUGCGGACAGCAAACUGGAGCUUCCUUGUCGGAUCUGAGACACAACUAUCUGCAAGAACGAUUACAGCUGCUUUUCCAUCACGUAACGCUAGUCGCUCCACGAAAUCGAUACGCACAGGAAUUGGUUGAAAUAAACGCCGGUUUUAGCCACGAUUCUAAUCCAGGACCACUUGUUAACCUUCUUGAUAAAGCACCCCAAAGCCAUGUCGUGCGAACUUCCCAGAAUAAUCUACGCGAUCAAGACAAACGAGGUCUUCUUUGGAUGCUCGACGAAGAAACGAUGUAUCCAAAUUCUAAUGACGACACAUUUCUGGAACGUCUGUUUUCUUCCUACGGAGAUCGUGAAAGCCAAACCCUAGUUCGACGAGGAGCUGGAACCCGACAGUUUAUUCUUCAACACAUGCAAGGAACCAACCCCGUACUCUACAGCUCAUCCGGUUGGCUGAAGGGAAGCCACGAGCACCCGUCGACCAAGUGUGCAAUCAGCGUCCUCCAAGACAGUACCAAGACGGAGAUUAGCAGUCUCUUCACCACCGGAUUCGCCCGUAGCGGUGGAACCGUUUACUUUGGCUCGAUCGUGGGAACCGAAGGCACGCAAUCGCUUAGGCGCGUAUCCAGCAUACGGCGAUCCUUCACUUCUGCGGGCAUCAAGCGCAACUCGGUCAUGUUGCAGGUCAAGUUUACCGUUGACGGUAUCAUCGACACACUCAGACGGACCGGCACGCACUUUGUUCACUGUUACCUGUUGCUGCACAAUGCCGGUACGACGAACUAUAUGAACCUGAAUACCAAAGCAUUGCAAAACGACGACAUCGUGAAUGUUCCCCUGCUGAGAAGCCAGCUGCGAGGUUCGCAAAUCCUGGACUUUGCCCGCCUGCAUCGACUAGGCUUUCCGGUCAGUGUUCCGCUGUCGGAGUUUACGCGCCGUUUCGGGCUGCUUGCGGACGGAACGUUCGGCGAGAUUACCGUCGAGAACAUUCUGAACCACAACGAGAUUGAUCCGUCCGUGUACCGGAUUGGACCAAGUCAGGUUCUGUUCCGAUCGGGUGUGCUGAACCAGUUAGAGGCCAAACGCGAUGAGUUGCUGUCCGAUCGUAUCAUUCAACUGCAGUCGUACUGCCGUGGCCAUCUGGCUAGGAAACGGUUAGCGCAGCGGCGUGUUCAGGAACUCGCGGUCAAAUGCAUCCAACGUAACGUACGAGCCUUCAUGAAAGUCCGUGAAUGGCCCUGGUGGCGACUGUUAGUAAGGGUUACGCCUUUGUUGAACGUGCAUCGUACCGAGGAGCAGCUAAAGAUCGCGACCACUGAGUUACAGGUGCUGAAAUCCAAGCUGGAAAAAGUGGAAGGAGAACGCAACAGUCUCAAAACGGAAAACUCCAAGCUAGAAUCGAGAUUAUCCGAGAUGACUGCCGAAUUCGCGGAAGAACACUCGUCGUCCAACCUUAUCAGCGAGCGACUGGAAGCCGAGACGACGGAAAGACUGAGACUGGAGAAGGAGGUGAAGGAGCAUGAGACCAAGUACCGCAACCUGCAGGAAUCGUCGGAAAAGCUCGAGAUGGAGUUGCUCUGUGCCAAAUCCGAUUUGAACGGUGACCUGGACGAUGACCUUGAGGGGGACGAAGCCGGUGCCAACGCGUACCGGCUCAAGUACGAACGGGUCGCCCGCGAGUUGGAGUUCACCAAGAAGCGUCUCCAGACCCAGCACGAGCACGAUUUGGAGCAACUGAUUGCGCUGAAGAAGCAGCUGGAGAAGAAGCUGGCCGACGCCUACGAAGAGGUGGAAGAACAGCGCCAAGUCGUAGGUCAGUGGAAGCGAAAGGCCCAAAAGAUGACCAACGAGAUGAACGACCUGCGGAUGCUGCUGGAGGAGCAAAACAGUCGCAACAAUCUGCUCGAAAAGCGCCAGCGGAAGUUUGACUCCGAGUGCCAAGCGUUGCAGGAUUCCGCCCGACAGGAGAAACAAGCAAAAGAGCGACUCACACGCGAGAAAGACGUACUGAUUGCCGAGAAGUUUACGAUUGAGCAGACGCUAUCGGACGUGCGGCUCGAGCUUGAGCUGAAGGAGGAAAAGUACAGCGCCCUGCAACGCGAGCUGGAGGAAAUGACCUUUGGCGGUGGCACCGAGGAGGAGAUUGCCCAGUUGAAGCGCCAGAAGAUGGAACUGGACCGACGCUGCAAGGAGCAGGAGGAAGAGCUGGAUGAAAUGGCCGGUCAAAUUCAGUUGCUCGAGCAAGCGAAGUUACGCUUGGAGAUGUCGUUGGAAACCAUGCGUAAGGAUGCGAGGAAGGAAGCCCAGCAGCGAGAUGAUGAACUGGAGGAAGUGCGAGGCAGUUCGUACAAAAAGAUCAAAUCGCUCGAGUGCCAGCUGGAGCAAGAGCACGAGGAACGAACGUUGCUACUGCGGGAAAAGCAUGAUCUAGAGCGACGUCUCAACAACCUCGAGGACCAGGACCGAGUUGAGAGGGCAGCGGAAGAGGCCGCCUCCCAGAAGCUGAAACGCGAUCUCAGGAAGUACAAAGCGCUGCUCCGCGAUGCACAAAGUCAGCUAGAACGAGCCAAGUCCGACUCGGCUGGCAAGGCGCUGAUUCGUCAGCUCCGCAACCAGUUGGAAGACGCCGAAUCUGCACGAUCGGCUGCGGUGAAGGUACGCCAAGUGGCGGAAAGUGAACUGCAGGACGUGCAGCUGAUGCUGGAAGAAGCUCAACGGGCAAGGUUUGACUCGGAGGAACGUGCCACUGCAGCUCAGCGCGAUCGUGCUGAACUGCAGGCGCAGAUUGACGAGAACGAUGAAGAGAUGGCCGAGCUGAUGAAAAAGUACAGCGCCACCGUCAAACAGUUGAGCUCUGAACAAGCAAUGAUCACGGACUACGAACUGAAAAUAUCCGAACUCGAAUCGGAGAAGAAAUCACUUAAGGAGCAAAUCUCCGACCUCACGUCACGGUUGGAGAGUGUGGAAAACAUUGGCGAUUCCUCAACCAGCAUCCAGUUUAAGCGGCUGGAGCUUCGAACCAAAGAGUUGGAAUCGCGGCUGGAGUUUGAGCAGGCAACGCGUGCCCGCAUGGAAAUUCAGCUGAAUCGCCAUAAAGAUUCCCUUGAAAAGGCCCAGAGUGAGAUUAGUCAAACGCGAACAAAGGAAAUGCACGCCCAAGAGGCACUCAAGAAGGCCCAGAAGACGAUUCGGGAGUUGCGCGAGGAGCUUCACCUGGUGGCGAACAAGGAGCAGGAAAGCCUCACCAAGCGCAAGGACCUCGAGAAGCGGCUGGAAUGCGUGGAAGCGGAAGCUGCCUCGGCCCGGGCCGACCUCCGGCUGGCGCUGCAGAGAAUUGCCGAUCUGCAGCAGGCGAUGGAGGAGGGCGAUUCGUACCACUCGGAUAGUGAAAACAGCGACAGCUCGAUCGACUCAGUCAGCGAGGUGAACUACCACAGUCCGACGAAGAUUUCGUCGCUCAGGGCGAGGUCGGGCGAAACGAACGGCACCGGUACGAACGGAAGCAGCACAACGCUGUGCAUCCGCGAGGAAAAAGAAAAUACGCCAAGGAUAAGGUACAAGUAUAAGCCGCGAGGUCUUCGCCGGAGACGUCUUCCGUUCACCAUCGCCGAGGAGGACGAAGCGGAAGACGGUGUGAGGCCGUGUGAGGAUCUGGGCAACGAUGACGCUUCCCAGUUGGAUAGUGUGAUUGAGUCGAUCAAGAGUGUGAUCGGAGACGAAGUGGAGGAGGAUGGGGCAGAUGACGGGGAGACGAAUAAGGCUCCUCCAGCGCCCAAAUAUACGGGAGCUAUCAAGAAGACGGUGAUUGGUAAAAGUCCAGUCUCGAUAAAAGACGAACUGGAGCUGAGUGAUGCGAACAACAAUGUGAUACCAAAAGGGCAGAAUAAAACGCUGGAAUCGACGAUCAUCGCGGAGAUUGCCAAGGCGUCGACGGUUGUGGCGGAUCACUUGAGCGAUGAUUCUCGGUUCGAUUUGACUGCAUUAAAAUCGAUCAAAGAGAAGAUAAAAAGUCUGAACAACAGUCUUAAGGAGGAGGCAGCGCAGGAACGCUGCUGCAAGUAUGAGUUCCCGCCACCACCGCCGAUUGUGCUGUCGGCAUCUCAUUCAAAGUUAGAGUCCGCUAGAAUUCCGGACAAAGCGACUAACGAUAGUUUUAAUAAGCUUGACCAGAUCAGUGCCGAGCUUAACCUGGAAGGCAUUCGAUCCAUGAAGGAAAAGAUUAGGAAUCUGAAGAAACGACUUCAGGAUGAGUCCGGAUCAUCGGAGGAGCCAAUCAACAAGGCUCAGAUUGCCAGCGAAAUUGUUGAGAUGAAAAAGACUCUGACUUUGACAGCCGCAUUUAUUAACAAAAGCUCGGAGAAGCUAUCACUCAGCCGGUCGUCUUCGCAGAAGGAGGAAAAGGCGCCCACUUUGGCUCCGCCAACAACGAAUGGGCACUCCAAAGAGACGUCACCUGCCCUGUCGUCUGGCAGCCGAUCUCCAGUACGAAACAACUCGACACCUAUCGUGCCACGCUCGCUUGCUGUUGCUCAGGUAUUGAAUGGUGUUCCGCGCGGCGCCGCAUUCGAGGAAAGCCGGUUGGUGUCUUCGUUAGAACAAGGUGAUGUAGCGUUCGUCGUAUCUAAGAGUGGCUCUGCUGAAAAUAACCGAGAUUCGCGCGAAAGCUUGCUUAUUUGUGCUAACCCAGUCGAGAUGACGCGUGUAGAUGUAAACGAAGACGAAUGCUCCUUGCUCGCAGGUUUGCCGCCGCCGCCACCACUACCGGAGGAGGAGGUGAAGACAGCGCCCAAAGAAGAAGACGCUGCAGCUGCUGUAAAUAACUCGCCGCCGUCUAGUGCUUGCAGCAGUCAACCUGUGGAUGUGUCUAAUCUAAUAGAACAAUCGCCUUUGCAGUGCGAAGCCGGCUCUUUACCUACAACUUCUGGAAGUUGUGAGGAGACUGAAUGUAAGGAAGAGAAGAUGAUCGUAGAAGGAUCGGAACAGGAUUUGCAGGAUGAACCGGAGGUCGUCGCGAAAGAAUUAUCUGAAUUUUUGGUUAGCUUACCGGAAGCUAACACUUCUAGCGAAGCACCUUUUGCUUUGAAAAUUACUCUCAAUUCAAUCAAUACCGCGAAAGCAGCUGAACUCGCAGAAGACCACACAAAUAAAUGUCUGGAAGAAAAUGCAGAUUCAACGAACACUGCCACUGCUACUGACUUGAAAAAAGAAGAAGAAGACUCCAAUAAAAAUCCUGAACUGAACAAGGAUUCAGCGAACAGCAGCAUGGUCGUACCAGAAGAUGUGAAGUUGGACGAUGAAAUCAAAAGCAUUGAAGUUGUGCCCCCGAAUACUUGCUUCAACAUUGAAUGCCGAACAUCGUCGCCAGUUUGCAAGUGUGAAAAUAUCGAGCAAACCAUAGAAUUGCUUGUAAAGUCAAUGGAGGUUCAUCGAGAUGAAGGAAGUGUUGUUUCUGAGCUAACGACUGAAGAGGAGAAGUUGACGAUUUCCCCAGGUGGUGUUAAAGUGACCAGUUACGAGGUUCUGCAAGAGAAAAUAGACGUUCCAAAUGUUACUUCUCAAGUUUUGAUCGUUCAACAAGAAGCAACUGAAGAAUCAAUAAUUCCUAAGGAAAUGGUUUCAACUGGGGAAUCUGACGAAAUAGUUGUUCCAAUCAAUCAACCAGCUGAUGUCGAACAGCAACUCCCUGUCACCUUAGUUGCUAGCAAUACGGAUGAACUGGUUGAAACUGUUCCUCCCAUCGUCGCAAAACAAACUGAAGAAGUGCUGUCCAUCGUAGAAGAUUUAGAGAAACCUUUGCAGAUUGAAAAUUCCAAUGAAAUGAUCAACACUGAUGUACAAUUGAUUGAAAAUCUGACCGAAAUAAAGCCAUCGGAAGAGGUAAAACAACAGCCAAUGCCAGGGGAAGUUAUCCCGCAAAUAGAUGAAAACAACAACCAAGAUAAACCAGCUCAACAAGUGCCACGACCAACAGCCAACAAAGAGAACAAAGCAACUUUAAAGCCCAGCAAAAGCAAACCCAACUGCCAUCAUGGUUCCCUCAAACGGAACGUUAAGCCCGAUAACAGCAAAAUCGGCUUCGGUUCAAAAUCCAACCCAAGCUCGCGCCGUUCGUCGUUGUCGUCGGAGCACGGAGCGAAACUAACAAACACAAUCUUCACGGAUCUGGCCAAGGGUGGCAUCGGCCCGGCCGAAAAGAAGCAGGUAGUUGAAGUUGUUCCCCCACCAACCUUUUCGAAUGUUGUCCCCACUGAAGAAGACGUGUCCAAGAAUCAAGUAAGUGAGCGCGCUUUAGUAGAGUUUGACUGUACCAAUGAAAGUUCUUCUUGUUGUUCCGUUGUUGCGCCGUCGGCUGCAGUGUCUACUGAUGUAGUAGUAGUGGCACCAUCGAAGGGAAGCCCGUCGCCAAGGCCUCUCUCGUACGCGGAAAGUUUAAAGAAGGCACGAUCGCCGCCAAAGGUAGAACCGUGGGUGGCGAUCAAGCAAGAGUACGAUAAAAAGGCUGCGGCGGCCAAAGCCAGGAAACAGCAGCAGCAGCAACAGCCACGUGUGAGACACCCAAGUCUGGCUCGGAACGGAAGUUCCAGCUCGAUUCCGAGGGAUGGCAGCGUCACCAUCCGGCAGAGCAAAUCGGCGACGAAAGUUUACGCCAAGGACGCGAAUCUCUCAUUGUCGCUGCCCAGUGGAAAACCAAACGUGGAACCGACCACCACAGCUGCCAAGCCGGCAACACAGAAUCGUAGCAAAUCUGGUCAACGGAAUGGAACGGCGCAGCAGCUUGUCGCAAAGGAUACCAACAAGUCCAAUCCAAACUUGGUGCAGGAUAAGAAGCUGCGCGAAGCAAAGGGACAAUCUCAACAAAGCCAGCAGCAUCAUCGCCAAAGUCGACAAACGACGGCAAGCAACAGCAGCAGCAACAAGAAAAAGUGAAGUGUCUAGCGAUGCCGCUUCACUGUGCAACACUGGUUCAGCAAGAAUCACACUGACGACGUCGUCCUCGGGCUCGGUAACAUCGUCCCGGUCGCCCACGAAGGAACGCAGCGAAAGCCGGGCCAGCAGUCGGAUCACCAACGGAGACGACAGCAACGGAGAGUCUUCG